AUGGCGGAUGCGAUCGAAAAAGAAAAAGUAUUAAAACAUGGAAAUGACAAAACUAAUGGUAACGGGGUACACAACACUGAAAACGGCGUAUACAACAGUCCCACGUCACCCGGAUCAGAAGAGGAAGAAGAUCGUGGAACAUGGUCAGGUCCUUUCGACUUCUUAAUGAGCAUGAUUGCUUAUGCAGUAGGAUUAGGUAAGUGAAGUAUAUUGAUAUAUAAAAUAUCAUUAAGUUAACCUAUAAGUUAUCCUACAAACCUAUUAUAAUAUAAUUAUCAAACCCUAUAUUUAUAUCCCAUUUUCAGGUAACGUCUGGCGGUUUCCGUACCUCUGUUUCCGUAACGGUGGAGGUACCUUCUUGUUUGCUUACAGUUUCUUCUUCCUUCUGGCUGCCGUCCCCAUCUUCAACAUGGAAGUCACGGUAGGUCAAUAUCUCCAACGUGGAGCUAUGGAAAUCUGGUCGAUGUGUCCCCUGUUCAAAGGAGUAGGCAUUGGCAACGUUGUUAUCGCAUUCAUGUGUAUCUCGUACUUCUGUGUGAUCGUGGCGUGGGCCAUAUACUACAUGAUCGCUUCGUUCAACACCACCUUCCCUUGGGAAACGUGCAAUAACUACUGGAACGACAACAAAUGCAUCACGGGGAAGGAACCUCAUCUGAAGUUACAUCAGAUCAAGGCCAAUCUGACGGCUUACGGUCAACAGACAGAGACUUCUGUAGAACAAUAUUGGGAGAAGAGGGUGUUGAUGAUGACAGACAACAUCUCUGAGUUUGGUGGUAUCCAAUGGGAGUUGUUCUUCAUCAUGGCCUUUGCCUGGGUGAUCGUUUACUUUGCGUUGUGGAAAGGUAUUACCAAUGCGAGGAAGUUUGUCUACUUCUGUGCUUGUUUCCCUUACUUCUUGGUUAUCGUGCUUCUGAUUAGAGGACUAACACUCCCUGGAGCUUACACUGGAAUCUCCUUUUACCUUACUCCUAACUUCACAAAGUUGGCUGAACCCGCUGUCUGGAAGGAUGCUGGUACUCAAGUGUUCUACUCUUAUGGUGUUGGGUUUGGUACUCUUAUUGCUCUUGGAUCUCACAACAAAUUCACUCAUAACUGUUAUCGGUGAGAACUUUAAAAACUUGAAAGCUAUAGUGAAUAAGCUUGCUGUAAAGUUUUAAAAAGCCCAUUAGCAACGCAAUUCAGAAUAUUUAAAUUAUUAUUUUCAGUGAUGCUAUUAUCAUGUGUUUCGUCAAUGGAGGCACGAGUAUUCUGGCAGGUACAGCCGUCUUCUCUAUCCUCGGCUACAUGUCUUUCAUCGCUGAAAAAGACAUUGCCGAGAUCGUUAAGCCUGGUGUAGGCUUAGCGUUCCUGGCAUACCCAGAAGUUGCCAGCAACUUACCCAUGAAACAAGUCUGGGCUUUCUUGUUCUUCUUGAUGAUAACGAUUCUUGGAUUGGACAGUCAGGUACUUGACAGAUUUUGCUAUUUUUGUUAUGCCCCAACGUUUAUUUUACAUAAACAAUGCUAUGCAGGGCUUUGUAACUUAUAAUAACUAUAUGACACUUACAGGUAUGUAUGAUGGAAGGUUUGUUCACCGCUCUAGAGGACACCUUCCCCACAUUACUCCGUAAGCACAAGAAGAAGUCUCUGGCCUUCACUUGCCUUUUCUUCUUCAUCCUCGGCAUUCCAAUGGUAUCGUAUGCUGGAUCACAUUGGUUGACUUUGGUCGAUAACUACGGUGCCUCUGGCUACGCUUUGCUGUUUGUCGUAUUCUUCGAAGUUGUUGGUCUUUCAUGGGGUAUUGGAGUUGAAAGAAUUCGAAACGGAUUGAAGGAAAUGGUCGGCAUCUACCCAAACCCAGCCUUCCCUCUGCUCUGGAAGUACAUAUCUCCAUCUGUCACUCUGGUAAGUUUGAAGAACACGGUUUUAUAACUACCUUAACUUAUAUAACAGAUAUUAAAACAUAAACAUUUGAAAGAUUAUCAAAUAUACUCAAUGUUACAACCUAUUCUCUUUCAGUGCAUGUUCAUCCUAUGCACAGUAAUGUACACUCCUUUGUACUACACUGACGGACGUCCAUUCCCAAUCUGGGCCCAGCUGUUCGGCAUUUGCUUAUCAUUGUGCUCAAUGAUAUCUAUCCCCGCCUAUGCCAUCUACUAUAUGGUGACCAAACCGAAGGGGCAGUCUUGUAAAGAAAGAUUCUUCCAAGGAGUUUACCCACCCAAAGAAUUGGACGAACAAUUAGAGCGGAGGAGACAGAAGGCCAUGGCCAAGAAAGCGGAAGAAGAACAACGAUUACUCCUCAAGUAA